AUGAGGUUGCUCCUGCCGCUGUUGCUGCUUCUGGCUUCCACACUUAUCCUAGGAGGCCUUGGGGACCAGCCCUUCCUCUCCGCUACUGCCCCCCAGCUGGAUGACGAGGAGAAGUACUCAGCCCACAUGCCUGCUCACUUGCACUGUGACGCCUGCCGGGCAGUGGCCUACCAGAUGUGGCAACACCUGACAGCCGCAGAGGCCAAGUUACGCGCUCCACACUCCAGGGGGCGGCAAGCACUGAGUGAGUCCGUGUACAUGGACGUCCUGGACCGCAGCUGCACCCAGAACUGGAACGACUACGGGGUCCAAGAAGUGAACCAGGUGAAACGCCUCAUGGGCCCAGGGCUUAACAAGGAGCCGGGGCCUAGCAAGGAGCCAGGGCCAAGCAUCAGUGUGAUGGCCACUGGGGGACCCUGGCCCACCAGGCUCACCACGACGUGCUUGCACUACCUGGGAGAAACUGGAGAAGACCAAAUCUAUGAAGCCCAUCAGCAAGGCCGUGGGGCUCUGGAAGAAUUGCUGUGUGCGGGCACCCAGGGGGCCUGUUCAGAGGUGGUCCAAGUCCCAAGGGAAGAGCUUUAGUCCAGGACUCCCCUUGCCCUGGAAGGCAUGCAGAGUCUCCUCUGGAUCUUCACUAUUCCUUGGCUGUGCUGUUGUUUUGAGACAGGGUCUCACCAAGUAGCCCUGGCUGGCCUCCCAAGUGCUAAGGUUACCGGAUCCCUGUUCCUUUCUAUUAGCAGCUGUGUGGAGGGGGAGGGGAAGUCCUGGCUCCAGCUGCCAUUUUCCUUCCUCCUUCACUCAGCUCCAGGGCAUGAGGGCUGGGGAAGAACAAGGCUUUCCUUGUCUUCAUUCAAAUAAAACUUAAGAGAUCUGGCUGGAGAGAUGACUCAGGUUAAGGUGCUUGCCUGCAAGGCUUAGUAACCAAGGGUUUGAUUCCCCAGUGCCCACAUAGGGCCAAAC